AUGCCGACCGCCGGCCUCAAGACCAUCAUCGCCCUCUCCUUCGUCCUCGCCGUGGGCUUCCUCCUCGUCAUCCUCUCCUGCGCCCUCUUCAAGGUCUACUACCCGCUGCUCGUCGUCGCCACCUACAUCAUCGCCCCCGUCCCCAACUGGAUCUCCAGCCGCUGCGCCAACCCCGAUGACUUUGUCGAGAGCUCCGGCGCCGCGGUGCUCGACCUGGGACGCUUCUUCACCGGCUUCUUUGUCGUCAUGGGAAUCGCCCUGCCCGUCGUUCUCGCGCACUCGGACCUCAUCCGCGUCGAGGCCAUGAUCAUGUCGAUAGUCGGCGGCCUGUUGAUCUACGGGACCAUCAUCAGCUUCAGCAUGUUCUUCCACGAGGAGCAGGAGUUUUAG